AAGGACUUUAAAGUCAAACCAUUUUUGAGAUUACAAAAUUGAGACUUACCGAGUUUUAACUGCGUGGUAAAUUUCUGUCAGAAAUAUACAUAAGGCAGAAGUUAAACAUGGCUAACACCCAGAUUAGUAGUUUGUGCCUCGCAAUUUUCCUGCUUGACUUAGCAAAUGGGGCCGUCAACUGGAACGGGAAUAAUUGGGCCAUGAAAUGCGACUUUAACGGUAAUAACUUAUCCAACGUGAAAAUUUCAAGUGAUAAAUGCGGUGGCAAAUGUGCUGAAACAUCCGGAUGCACUCACUUUACAUGGACAAACUACAACGGGGGGACUUGUUGGAUGAAAUCCGGUAAUGUUUCACCAAACGAUGCGUUUGAGACUUCAGACUCUUCCAUGGUUUGUGGCUACAUGGAAACUUCUGGAGGUGGUGGUGGGGGUGGCAGUCAGUCAGGAAAAACUACGCGGUAUUGGGAUUGUUGUAAGCCAUCCUGUAGCUGGAAUGACAAAGCCGCCGUGACCAGACCAGUUAAAAGUUGUGCUAAAAAUGGAAUUGACGUGUUAGGCGUGAAUGAAAAGAGUGGUUGUGAUGGUGGUCCAUCGUACACCUGCAACAACCAAAUUCCAUUCGUCGGAGGCAAUAAUGUCGCUUACGGUUUCGCGGCUGCGAAUAUUCCCGGAAGUAAUGAGCGAGGGUGGUGCUGUGCUUGUUACGAGUUAACUUUUACUUCUGGACCUGUCAAUGGACAGAAAAUGGUCGUACAAGUUACGAACACGGGUGGAGAUCUGGGCGCAAAUCACUUCGACCUUCAAAUCCCUGGAGGGGGUGUGGGAAUCUUCAACGGGUGCCAGAGUCAGUGGAAUGCACCAGCUAAUGGCUGGGGGGAUCGGUAUGGAGGGGUCAGUUCAAUUGAAGGAUGCAAUGAUCUGCCAGCCGCAAUUAGAGAAGGGUGCAAGUGGAGGUUUGUGUGGUUUAAAAAUGCCGACAAUCCAACCAUGACUUUCCGUCCGGUUACCUGUCCUUCAGAGCUGACUAGUAAAUCAGGUUGUAUCCGCACUCAGUAAUUAUUAAUAUGCCUGUGAUUUACUGCACUUGAAAAAAUAAAUACAUAAAUAUUGUCAUCUUGAAUCUCCA